AUUAGCUUUUCGUGAUUGUUAGUUAACCAACUCUCUUCCUUAAACGCAACCGUUGAAUCAUCAACGUAACAGAUCUGUUAAGCACAACUCGAAUUCGAAACCGCACUCGCCAUUCCUAUCCAUCGCCGAUCUGGAUCCGUCAAAGGAUCCGCCGCAGACAUCGGCGUCCUCCGCCACCGCCAACAAGAUCCGCUACCGCUCCCCUUCCGCCUCCGAGCUACUCGAGUCGGGACUCGCCACUUCCCCUACCUCCGACUCUCACCAGAGCCUUCUCUCCAUCGACGGCGGGAAAAUGACGGCGAAGCGAGCGAUCGGGAGGCACGAGUCACUCUCCGAUAAGAUCCAUAGACACCGCGGUGUCCUGCUCCUGAUCUCGAUCCCCGCCGUGCUGAUCACUCUCGUGGUUGUGUUGAUGCCGGGGGCGUCGACGUCCGUCGUCGAGGAGUACGCGCUGAGAAACAGCGAGGGAGGAGGAGGCUCGGAUUCGAGGAAGUACGCUGUGAUUUUCGACGCGGGGAGCUCGGGAAGCCGCGUGCAUGUUUACUGUUUUGAUCGGAAUUUGGAUCUCGUUCCUUUGGAGAAUGAGCUCGAGCUCUUCCUUCAGCUAAAGCCAGGGUUGAGUGCGUAUCCUAAUGAUCCUAGGCAAUCAGCAAACUCUUUGGUAUCUCUUCUUGACAAAGCAGAGGCCUCUGUUCCACAUGAGUUGCGUCCCAAGACUCCUGUUAGAGUUGGGGCAACUGCUGGUUUGAGGGCUUUGGGUCACGAAGCUUCUGAAAACAUUUUGCAAGCGGUUAGGGAGCUCCUGAAAGAUAGAAGCAGGUUGAAGACUGAGGCAAAUGCAGUUACUGUUCUUGAUGGUACUCAGGAAGGUUCUUACCAGUGGGUGACCAUCAACUACUUGCUAAAAACUUUGGGAAAGCCUUACUCAGAAACAGUUGGAGUGGUUGAUCUUGGUGGGGGCUCUGUUCAAAUGGCAUAUGCUAUAUCGGAGGAAGAUGCUGCAACUGCACCAAAACCACUACAAGGUGAGGAUUCUUAUGUCAGAGAAAUGUAUCUCAAAGGACGGAAGUAUUUCCUAUAUGUUCACAGCUACCUACACUACGGUUUAUUGGCUGCCCGAGCGGAAAUUCUGAAAGUUUCUGAGGGAUCUAACAACCCCUGCAUCGUAACCGGCUAUGAUGGUACUUACAAGUAUGGUGGAAAAGCGUUCAAAGCCGCAGCUUCUCCAUCUGGUGCAAGUCUAGACGAAUGCAGGCGAGUAGCUCUUAACGCACUCAAAGUCAAUGAUUCACUGUGUACACACAUGAAAUGCACAUUCGGUGGAGUAUGGAACGGUGGAGGCGGUGGUGGCCAAAAGAAUAUGUUUGUUGCAUCAUUUUUCUUUGAUAGAGCCGCAGAGGCUGGUUUUGUUGACCCGACACAACCUGUGGCUACGGUUCAUCCAGCCGACUUUGAGAAAGCAGCCAGCCAAGCUUGUACCAUGAAAUUGGGAGAUGGGAAAACGAAGUUCCCACUUGUGGAGGAAGACAAUCUUCCUUACUUGUGCUUAGAUCUCGUAUACCAAUAUACUCUCCUCGUUGAUGGAUUCGGAUUGAAGCCAUCACAGACAAUAACGUUAGUGAAGAAAGUGAAGUACGGAGAACACGCCGUGGAAGCUGCGUGGCCACUAGGAAGCGCCAUUGAGGCCGUAUCCUCACCAUGAGUAUAGUGCCAAGUUUUGGGAAUUUGCACAAAACCCAUAUUAUUUUGGAUUUCUCCCAGAAUCUCCCCCAAUCUUUUCUUCAACUUCAAAAUUUUGUUAAUCAUCAUAAUCCCUAAUUGCUUACUAUCGAUUCGUAUUAAUAUACUUUGGCUUACUAUUUUUUUUUGUAAACUAAACUGCAAACGUGUCAUCGGUUUCGUAUAAAUGAUUCACUUUUUGAA